AUGCAUUCUGCUAGCACUAUCGUCUCUGUCCUCGCCGUCUGCCUCUCGGCAGUUAGCGCAGCGACCAUCCAGAGCCGUCAAGUGAUUUACGGAUGUCACUUCACAGGCGACGGCAUCUCCACUGAUAUCAGUGUCGGACAUGACGCUGGCGCAGAUGCACCCAUUACCGGCGCCAGUGGGAAAACCUACGAGCUGGACUGUGGCACCACCUCGACGCAGCCUGUGCCAGGCGUCUUCGCCAAGUGCACCGUCAACGGAGAGAAGCCAGUCAUCAGUGCUUAUAACGCCACGUAA